UGACCAGUGAAAAUAUUCAGUUCGCACAAGAUGAACAUUAAGUUGAUCGCAUUCGUUGGUUGUAUUUUGGUCCUGAGUUUGGUCUCUGGACAUCGUGGAGGUGGUCAUCGCGGUCAACAUAACGGAAGACAUCAUGGACGGCACCAUCGACAUCGCCAAGAACCGUUUGUGAACUUUGAAGUUCACGAACCUAAGGGAUUGACGGUUUCCAUGGUUCAACCGUCUCCGAACAGUACAUUUUUCGGAAUUGAGCUCUACAUUAAUCAGGAUCCGAAGCGUUCCAAUGAAACACAUUGCGACGUUUGCCAAAAUUCCACUACGAUUACCUAUGGGAAGUUUAUCGUGGAAGACGAGGUAGUUGUCAUCAAAAAGGGAGACGUAUUGUACUACCACGUUUUGUUGGGAGACAGCACUAAUGCUACCCGUCUGCAUCUGCAGCGACUGUGGGUCACUGACUCGAUCAUCAACAAGUGCAACUGUGAAACGACAUCUCAGGUCCCAGAUAUUGACCUUCGCUAUGGACAACCUACAGUAAAACCGGAUCAUCACCCAGGGAAACCAGAAGGUGCAACAGAUUUUCCUUCGGAAUUUGACGAUGAGGGUAAUGCAUUGUAUCCCAAUGAAAAUGUCCUAUUCGAGUGCGAGUUAGAUCCCGUGACAAAUUUGUGUCGUACAGCCAAGAGCGAAAAACUUACUCACUCCGACGGUGAUCUCGAGCGUGAAGUGGAAAUCCUGGAGGCAAUUGUGGAGAAAAUGAGGAAAUCCUGUGGAUCUCACCGCACUACCAACUUGGUACGGUUGGAGAAGUUUGAUUCGGACAUAAACGACACAGAACAGCUAACGAACUACGUCAGGUCUUCGCUUUCGGUCAACCCGGAAAUGCAAGAUUUGGCCCACAGCGUUCGUCGCGUAUUGCCGGAAAGUGGUUCGUCGAGGGUAGUUCUUCUCGACAUGUCAAGCUACGUUGAUAAGCAGAAGGUGUUGUACCACGCCCAGAUGAACAAUCUGAACCACAUCGGUGACUACGAUUCGAGACGGUUUGGACGGCCUGGCCGCAGAGGUUGAACAGCUUGGACGGAAGGGUAGACAUUUAGGUU